AUGUUCAAGCUCGCCCGCAGCCGGCCUUUUACGGCUGCCCUUAAAGCCAGCAGGGUCUCAUCGACGUCGCGGUUGGCUGGUGUUGCACAACAGAAGAGAGCACUGAGUAUACACGAAUAUCUCUCUGCAGAUCUCCUAAGAAAGUAUGGCAUUGGUGUACCGCAAGGCUCAGUUGCAAGAACAGCUGCCGAAGCCGAAGAAAUCGCGAAGCAAAUCGGUGGCGAUGAUAUGGUGAUCAAGGCACAAGUUCUUGCCGGUGGACGAGGCAAGGGUACAUUUGACAAUGGCCUGAAGGGUGGUGUUCGGGUUAUCUACUCUCCAACAGAGGCCAAGAUGUUCGCAGAUCAAAUGAUCGGUCACAAGCUUGUUACCAAGCAAACUGGUGCUGAUGGCCGUCUCUGCAAUGCUGUCUACAUCUGCGAGCGUAAAUUCGCCCGCCGGGAAUUUUAUCUUGCAAUCUUGAUGGAUCGUGCUUCCCAGGGACCAGUUAUUGUUUCAUCAUCUCAGGGUGGAAUGGACAUCGAAACUGUGGCCAAGGAAAACCCAGACGCUAUCAAUACCACAUAUAUCGACAUCCACAAAGGUGUUACUGAUGAUAUCGCCCGAAAGAUUUCCACCGAUCUCGGUUUCAGCGAACAAUGCAUCGAGGAUGCCAAGGACACAAUUCAGAAGCUCUACAAGAUUUUCAUGGAGAAGGACGCCACUCAAAUCGAGAUCAACCCCUUGUCCGAGACUUCCGACCAUAAAGUUCUAGCUAUGGAUGCCAAGCUUGGAUUUGAUGAUAACGCGGAGUUCCGUCAAAAGGAAAUCUUCUCAUGGCGCGAUACAACUCAAGAAGACGCCGAGGAAGUCGCCGCUGCCGAGUCGGGUCUCAACUUCAUCAAGCUGGGAGGUGAUAUUGGCUGCCUAGUGAAUGGCGCUGGUCUUGCUAUGGCCACGAUGGAUAUUAUCAAGCUGAACGGGGGCGAGCCUGCCAACUUCCUUGAUGUCGGAGGUGGAGCUACUCCUCAAGCCAUCAAAGAGGCAUUCACCCUCAUUACAAGCGACCCCAAGGUUACCGCUAUCUUCGUUAACAUCUUUGGUGGUAUCGUUAGAUGUGACGCUAUUGCAAAGGGCCUCAUCAGCACCGUCGAGAGCAUGAACCUUCGUAUCCCCAUCAUUGCAAGAUUACAAGGUACCAACAUGGAGGCAGCUCACCAACUGAUCAACGAGUCCGGUCUCAAGAUCUUCUCCAUCGAUGAUCUACAAAACGCAGCCGAGAAGGCAGUGCAGUUCUCGAAGGUUGUGAAGAUGGCCCGUGAUAUUGAUGUUGGGGUCGAAUUCUCUCUUGGUAUUUGA